AUGUUAUUAUUUAAAGGUGUAGGACUAACUUAUAACUCGUACCGUCCUUUAGUCACAUUUUUAAUAUCAAUUGUACCUCCUUUAUCAUCACAAUCAUCAAAAUAUUGUAGUACUACAAAAGAAAAGAUUAAAAGAAUAAUAUUUAUAAACAAGGAAAAGAUGACUAGUAGUAAUAAUGAACAUGCAUAUUUAUACGCUGAUCCACCAAUUAGAUGUGAUGAUGUUAAAAGAAUGUUUGCAACACCUCAAUACCCAGGACAACCGGUAUCAACCAUCAUGGAGACUACAACAACUUUGAAACCUCAGGAAGCUGUUGUCAACAGUGGUGGUGGAGUUGUACAAGACCAAUUCUCAUUAUAUAUUGCAAGUGAAGAAGAUGCAAAUACUCAAUCAUCUAUACCAACUGCAUUCCAUGUUAAAGAUUAUUUCAAGAAUCUAUCAACUAUACUUUAUGGUAAAUGUUUAAUCUAUGGACAACACCUUUCAUCAACUCAAAAGCUUAUGCUAAAAUAUUUUACAUACACUACACCUGGUUUGGUGAUGGUUGCUGAUCUUCAAAACAGUGCUGUUGGAAGAGGCCAAAACAUGUGGACAUCGCCACAAGGAUGUUUGGUGUUUUCAUUCAAGUGUCGAGAGAGUGAUGGUAGUAAACUACCAUUCCUACAAUAUGUAUCUGGAUUGGCACUAGUUAAAGCUGUCGAUAGUAUAUGUCCCAAGAUGAAAGAGCCUGUUCGUCUUAAAUGGCCCAACGAUGUAUAUUGUGGUGGUAAAAAGAUUGGUGGUAUCUUGUGUCAAAGUAACUACUUUGGUGGAUCUUUUGAUGUUGUCAUUGGUAUUGGUAUCAAUGUUACCAAUAGUGAACCAUCUACUUGUCUCGAUGCACAAGCUUCUCAAACUGGUUUGUUUACGAGAGAGUUGGUAUUGGCCCGUUUUAUGAAGGAAUUUGAAUCACUCUAUCUUACAUUUACCCAAAAUGGAUUCAAACCAAUGCAACAAGACUACCUACGUGCAUGGAUGCAUAGUGGUCAAAUCGUCAAACUCGAAAGCCAAAACAUCACUGUACGUGUCGAAGGUUUAGCAGACAAUGGGUAUCUAUUGGCACGUGAAUGUAAUGCAAAUGGUCAUGUUGGUGCCACAUCCUAUGAACUUCAUCCAGAUGGUACUUCAUUUGACAUUAAUCAAUUAACUUUAAAGAAAAAAGAACCAAUACAAUAA